AAUUAUUAAUAAUUUUUCAGAACAAAUUUUCCGAAAUGUACAGUAGAAUUAAAUACAAAUAAUCAUAAGUUAGUGUUUGUGGAGACUUUAAUAUAGAUAUUCUAAAUGCACAAAAUCAUACACAAAAAAUGUAUUAAUUAUGUGUUUUGUGAAAGAUUCCGUCCAACAAUUACACAACCUAACAGGAUAGCUAUAAAUACUGCAACUCGUAUUAACAACAUAUUAACAAAUAGUUUUGGGCAUUGAUGAUAUGGUAUGGGGCCACUCAACUUGUAACCUUAAAUAGUUAAAGGUUCAACAUGAAAAUAUUGUAUUUGGUACAAUAUUGUUAUAUUGAUACUAUUUCUUAUUUAUGCUUGAUAUUAUUGAACUUUAAAUAAUAAUAUCCUUAAUAAUUGUCAUCCGGUCUCUGAUCACCUUGUUAAGGAGGUCCUCAUAAUCUCAAUAAAUUGUGUCAACAGGAGAGUGACAUCCAAGACAGAGAGAGACGCAAGAGCAGGAAAAUGAGACGCAAGACAGGGAUGCAAGAGCAGGAAAGUGAGAUGCAAGACAGAGAUAUCCAAGAGCAGGAAAAUGAGAUGCAAGACAGAGAUAUCCAAGAGCAGGAAAAUGAGAUGCAAGACAGAGAUAUCCAAGAGCAGGAAAAUGAGACGCAAGACAGAGAGACGCAAGAGCAGGAAAAUGAGACGCAAGACAGAGAGACGCAAGAGCAGGAAAAUGAGAUGCAAGACAGAGAUAUCCAAGAGCAGGAAAAUGAGACGCAAGACAGAGAUAUCCAAGAGCAGGAGAGAGACUUGGAAGAGGAGGAGAGUGAGAGCCAAGGCAUAGAUUACUUUGCUCGCCCUGAACCCGCCAUGUUACAAGCUUUCUUAGAUUACCACCCACAGCAGAACACCAGCAAUGCAGUUGUGAUGAGGGUAUUCAGCCGUAAAGAUGGCUCCAGCAGGAAGUGGCUUACUUAUUGCAAAGAACGACAUUUAUUGUUCUGCUUUGUGUGUCUGGCAUUUGCAAGGCGGACUGACACCAGCACAUUUAUAACAGGCAUGAGUGACUGGCGACAUGUGCAUGUGCGUACAGAGGAGCAUGAAAAGAGCACUACACACAAGACCUGUGCUGAAGCUUUUUUCUUAAGGUGCUCAAAAGGCAACAUCAACAGCUUGUUUGCUGGCAGUCAGUUGUCAGCUCACAGAGCACAAGUAAAAAAAAGACGACAAGUUUUGGAGCGUAUAGUGGAUGUGGUCAAAGUACUAGGGAAGAGGGGACUUAGCUAUAGGCAUGUGGAGAAUGAGGCUGCAUACACUUUGAGCGAUAACACUGUUGAUCAUGGUAACUUUCUGGAACUGAUUGUGCUAUUAGGCAAAUAUGAUGCAUGCCUUAGAGAACAUCUGAAUGACUGCAUUGAAAAAAGCAAGAAGUCGCAUCAGUCCAGUGGAUCAAAAGGUAGAGGAUCUCUCAUCACCUUACUUUCCAAAACAACUGUCAACUCUGUCAUUGAUGCACUUGGCCAUCUCAUUCAAGAGAGUAUCACUAGUGAUGUGAAGAAAGCUGGGAUGUUUUCUAUUCAGCUAGACACAACCCAAGACAUCACAGGGUAUGAUCAGUGUUCAGUAAUCAUUAGAUAUGUUACUGAGGCUGUGCAGGAGCGGCUUGUCUCCAUUGUGAGGUGCGAAGCAUUCACAGGGCAGUACUUUGUAAACUUGCUUUGUGGAGUUCUAGAGCAUCUGAAACUGGACCAUGCCAUGUGCAUUGGGAAUGCAACAGACGGGGCUUCAAAUAUGCAGGGCCAGUAUAAAGGCUUUUCAGCACUUAUGGCUGCCCAGUCUCCAACUCAUGUGCAUGUGUGGUGCUAUGCCCACAUACUGAAUCUUGUGCUUGCUGACACAACACAGAGUGUCAUUGAAAGUGGAUCCCUCUUUAAUUUACUGAAUGACAUAGCUGUAUUCAUCAAGGAGUCCUAUCACAGGGUUAAUCUAUGGGAGAAACAAACCCAAGAAAAGGCAAGACACAGACGCCUCAGUCCAAUAUGUGAAACACGGUGGUGGGCCAAACAUGAUGCCCUACAAAAAAUCUUUGGACACUUUGGAAAACCAGAGGAUGGCCUCUUCCUUGAUGUAGUCCUCACACUGGAAGCUAUUGAAAAGAGGGAAAAAGAAAAGCCAGCUGUUCGUGCCAAAGCCCGAGGCUUUAAAGAGUCUCUCUUGAAACAUGAAACUGUGUUAACAGCACAGAUAUUUCUUAGAGUGUUUGAGCAAACAACUCCUUUGUCAAAGUACCUCCAGUCAAAGGGUAUGGAUAUUCUCUCCGCCCAUCAUAUGGUGACUGUCACACAAGAUAGCCUCAAAAGUAUCGCCAGGGACUUCCCAACUGUGAAGGAAGCUGCAGACAGAUUUGUAAAACAGACAAAUCAGAAACUCGAGGAGAAGGAGGAACACACAGACAUGGAAGUGGAGGCUGCACUACCUGAAAAGAGAGUCAAGAAGAGAAAAAGCAUGGCCGGUGAGAUGUCUGAAGAUGAGUCGCAAAUUAAUGCUGAGAAAACGUAUGAGGUGAAAGUGCACAACAUCAUCCUAGACACAGUUAUUGAGGCAAUCCACAGACGUUUUGACAUACAUGGCCCCCUUCUUGUGGAUCUGGCAUGGUUGGACCCCAGAAAGUUUAGCCAAAUCAGAACAGGUUCUCUUCCUAGAACUGCACUUCAGAAUCUCAGCACACAUCUCCUCAAAUUUGACAGCAGUGCUACGGUAAAUAACCUUCAGUCAGAACUGAUAUGUUUUGCUGGACAGUGGGAAAGGCUGAAGACAUCACUUGUAGAUGACUACAGGACCAGAACAGCAAAAGACAGAUCUGAAGAAUUGGAAGAAGACAGUGACAUUGUGACCAAAAGCUGUAAAUCUUGCAAAGAUUGCCCACUGUGCUGCUAUCAAAUUCUCAGGCGCUUCAACCUGCUGUCAGACGCUUAUCAUCUCCUUGGGCUGGCAUACAAGUACCUGCUGACCCUCUCCCUCACUCAGGUUGCCUGUGAAAGAACAUUCUCCACACUCAAGUUCAUCAAAAGCAGACUACGAAGCAGCCUGUCUGCAAACAGGCUGGAGAUGUUUAUGCUGAUGGCCACUGAGAAGGAUAUUCUUAUGUCGAUGGACUCUGACAUGGUCAUUGACAAGGUAGCUGAGAAGAGUGACCUGCUGAGAAAGCUUCUUUUGUAACCUGGUAAGGGAGAAACAAAAUUAUCAAAACAUUCCAAACUAAUGCUUUGGUUUGAUUCAAGUUUCAAGAAUCAGUUCAAAUCAAUUCUGAUUACCUGGAGUUAAAAUCCAUUAUUGCAAUCCCAAUCAAUUCAAUCUGUUCAAAUUGAAUCAUUUUAAUCAUCAGUCCUAAAAAAAUAUUUUGUUUGAGCAGUUACCUUAAUGAUAUGACUGUAAUUCAAUGAUGCAACACCUCAUAACAACACUUAAUAAAAAACUUCAUUAACCCUUUCAGAACUGCCAUUAACCAACUACAUGGAGUUUUAAUUCCAAUUUUGCUGUAAAAACAGCUACACUAUAUUAAACAAUUGAACCAAUUUUGGACGUGUGUACCAAUUCGACUCUUAGAAUUAAUUUAGAAUUGAUUUAUUUAUUUAUUUUUUCCCAAUACUGCAAUGUUCCUAAUUUAUCAGUUAAAAUUAAGUUCUGCUUUAUAGUUGUUGUGUAAAUUACAGUCAGAAGAAUAGGUGUAGUUUCUAAGAGUAUCUUCACUUCAAACAAGUCAUGUGGUCAGAAAAUACAACCUAAUACAGCACAUAGAAUAAAUAUGAGACUGGGGUUUUAGGCAUUUAUAAACAUGUUUUCUUAAGCCUUAAUCUGUUAUUCUUUUGUAUGCAUGGAGAGGGUUAAUUUUAAGUAAGUACUAAAUAGACUAUGAUGCCAUUUCUCUGUAGAAAACAUACACUACUGUCAUUGUCUGGAAAUGUUAAAUGCAAUUUUUUCUAACCCUUUGCUGUGUGUCCUUUCACUUCUUAAAGGUUUCCAUGUUUUUAAAUGUUCAGUGUUGCUGCUGUGGACGUUUUAUAGAUACAGCUCUAUGAAUACAAUAUGUUCUGUAGACCAUGCAACUUUUGAAGCUGUAAGUACUACUGCAUAUGAUUGAUCUAUUUUUUGUGAAACACAUACCAGUACUGUGGUCAUAUGAGUAGGUCCAACAGAUGCCAUUCUUUUACACCCUUAUCUGUCCUUUCCCGUGUAUUUGUAAAAAUAUUUCCUAGUUGGUGUGGUAAUAAAACAGUUUAUGAAAAUUUCCAUAAAUGUCUUUUUUAUAUUAAUAUUCAUUAUUGAUUAAUAGUUCUCUCUGUUUUAAUGUCAGGUUUCUACCAAGUGUUAGAGAUUGUUUGGGGUGUUACCUUAAUCAAGUGGUCUUUUUUCCUUUUUACUAAGUACUUUUUAGAAUACCAGGAUAGGAAGGAUGGUGUGGGUUUACGUUUAUUAGAUUGAUACAUAAAUAUUACCAACAAGAAAGUGUACGUUGGUGUGUGUCAGAACAGCGUAAGGCUUAAUGUCUUUUCCAAAAAAAACCAGGUGAUGGGCCGGUCUCCAGUCAAAAUGCCCGGGCUGAAUUUUUGUCCCAGUCCA